AUGUGCCAACCUGCUGAAGACCACACCAAAGAGUCUGACGAUGAGAGUCUCAGUCAGGACAACCAGAAGAACAACCAAAAGAAGAAGAACAGCAGCACACGAAAUGACACUAUCCGCCCCCAUGUGGUCAACAAGACAUGGACGUACAUGACGGAAGGUCUGCUGCAUCAAUGGCUCCGUCGCUGUGUCGUCAAGAUGGCUCUCACGGCCGCCACGUAUCCCUUGACUACCAUUGCUACCAUCUCCUUUCUCUCGCUCACUCUGAUUGCCACGGGAUUCUUUACCAACUUUAAAAUUGUCUACAAUCACCAAGAAAUAUUUACACCCUUUGGCAGUUUGCCGGAACAACAUCAUGAAUGGAUCACACAAGAAUCGGGAUUUGCCAUUACCCGACCCUUUCUCGUACUCUUGCAUCGCAAUGGAGAUUCGGUAUUGCAAGCGACGGCUCUGCAAAUGCUGUUCACGGCAUUGAAUACUAUUCAAUCCACACCGGGCUAUGACGAUGCGUGUCAACAAUCGGCAUAUCUCGACAAGGCGACCAACAAGCCGACGUGUAAACUCUCCAGUGCCACACAGUUUUGGAAUCACGACAUUCAACAACUGUUGCAAGAACUCACGCCACUCGACAACAUUACCGCACAAGAUGAAUACAUUACCCAAGUCAUGUCCAAUGCCACAUUUCCCGAUGGAACACCUGUCUUUCACGAAGCCAUUCUCGGAAAUUAUCAAAUGGAAAAUAUUACCAACACAAACAAUGCUACAGGAACAAUCUCCUCCUCUUCUUCUUCACCCUCCUUCUCCAGCAUCCAAUCAUCCCCACAGCAACUACAAAUCUUGACCACGGCACAAUCCUACAUUAUCAGUAUUGACUUUCCCGAACGGGGCGCCGACUCGGAUGCUCUCGAAAAGGUCCUGUUGGAGCGCAUGAAACAACUGCGACUUGAGUGGGAAGAAUCAACGCAAGCUACCGGUGGCGUUGUGCUGGAAUACUUUACCAUGUACAGCUACCUGCUCGAAUUUGAACGAGCCGUCUACAGCGACGUCUAUCUGGUCGUUGUCAUGAUGUUUAUCAUGGUCUCCUUUUGUUGCAUGGUAUUCUACCGAAAAGCGGAUCCCAUUCAAUCUCGCGCACUGGUGGGCCUCUUUAGUAUCACUACCAUUGGCAUGUCGCUCAUGACGGGAUAUGGACUCAUGUGGUGUAUCGGAGUGCCAUUUACCAACAUUUCCAUGAUGGUCCCAUUCAUUAUUGUCGGGGUGGGAUUGGAUGAUACAUUCAUCAUUACAGGAGCCUACUUUCGAAAGUCCAUGGCAGCAUCAUCAUCCUCACGCAACAACAACAACUCGACUUCACGGCAAACUUCAUUGACCAAAAAGGAUCCUGUACGAGAUGGACCCAUUCUAGCGCGAGUCGAGGAAACCAUGCAGGAAGUUGGAUCCAGUAUCUCCUUGACCACCAUUACGACCAUGUUGGCAUUUUGUCUUGGGGCCAUUUCCUCCAUCCCCGCCAUUCGAUGGCUCUGUAUUUAUGGAUUCGUUUGCAUCGGGGUCGACUUUGUCUACCAGUGUACCUACUUUAUUGCCUGGAUGGUACUCGAUGAACGACGAGUCCAAGCCAAACGCAAGGAUAUUUGCUUUUGGAUUUCCUUGGCAGAAGAAGAGGAAGACGACGACGAGGACAAACACCAAAUCAAUAGCAUGCUCAAAUCAGACUCUUCUUCGUCUUUGGAGGAGGAGGAGAGCAAUGACGACAACGCGCAACCAAUCUCCAACCAGCAAAACUUUUCCGAACGAUUCAUGAAAUGGUAUGCCGACAAACUACUCCAACCAGCUGUCAAGGUGUUUGUCUUGAUCUUCUUUACCGUCUACCUGGCAGGAUGCAUCUACUCUACCACCAAACUCACGCAACAAUUCAAUGUGGAGAACUACGUCCCCAAAGGCAGUCAUGUCAAGACCUUCUUUUCCACCUUUGAUGACUACAGUUCUCUCUUUCGGGGCAUUCAAGUCUAUUUUCGCCACGAAGAUCAAUCGGACCCAAUGAUUCAACAACAAAUGAUGACCUACGUGGAUGAGUUGUCCAAGCUGGAUCAGAUUGGCGCACCUCCCGAGUUCUUUUGGCUCCGGGACUUUGCCGAAAUGGCCAAUGCGCCCGAGUUUGCCGAGCAGUCCGCUGCCUUGGGAUUGCAAGAUGCUAGCUUUGAAGAACAGAUUGAUGUGGUGCUAUCGAUCCCAGAAGUGCGGGAUGUCUACGGAGCCGACAUUGUACGUGAUCCCGAUACCGGAUUCAUUACCGCGUCCCGAUGCUAUCUGUACCUUCGAAAGAUCGACAUGCAGUCCGUUGCCAAUCAAGUAUCGUUCCUCAUGGAUCAACGGGAUAUUUCCAAGCGACAACCCAUCAAUAAUCAAGAAGGCAAGACGGACUGGUCUUUCUUUGCGUUUGAUGACAUGUACUUCUUCUUUGAACUGUACGCUGUCAGUGUCCAAGAACUGAUCUUCACCACGGUUUCCGGGGUUGCGGCUGUUAGUGCAGUGGCAUUUGUCUUGAUACCGCAUUGGUCUGCCGUUGCCUUUGUGAUGCCAUUGAUUAUUGCUCUUUAUUUCAUGCUGUUGGGUACCAUGCAAUAUUCCGGUAUUCAUAUCAAUGCUGUUACGUAUGUCAUCAUCGUCAUGGCCAUUGGACUGCUAGUAGAUUUCUUGAUGCACAUGCUUCUCAGGUACUUUGAAUCGAAAGCUACCACCAGACACGAAAAGGUGAAACACACCCUCCAAACCAUGGGAUCUAGCAUUCUGUUGGGUGGAUUGACUACCUUUAUUGGUGUAAUCCCGCUGGCCUUUAGCUCCACAACUGUUUUCAUGGUCGUAUUCAAAUCCUUCCUGGCCAUGGUCUGUCUGGGAUGUGGUGUCGGCUUGAUCUUGCUACCGGUCUUGUUGUCGCUCGUGGGGCCUGAGGGUGUGACACAUGCAGAGCCAAAUGAAAUGGAAGAAGCAUGUUCAACUGUCGUGCUUGACAGCAAAGCUAGUUCGGAUGGCAACGAGGUGACUGCCGAGUCUGAUUCGUCCUCCGAUGACGGUGACAAGAGGAUGCCCGCGGUUAUGUCGACUUCUCCCCGCACUGGUGAAUACGAAACCGUCUACGAAGUUUAG